GCGCUGUGAUCUCCACCGGCAGCGCCGGGGCUGGGCACGAUCUAAUCAACAGUGAAAAAACCUCAGUCAUCACUGUGAGAUCCCUUAAAAAGGCUAUGGCAAAGCGGUUAAAAGCUAAACCCAUCUCAGACAAGCCGGGGAGCCCCUACCGCUCUGUCACUCACUUGGAUUCACUAGCAAACAUAAACAUCCCUGGAGCAGACACACUGGACAAGCUCUUUGACCAUGCUUUAGCAAAGUUUGGGAAGAAGGACUGUCUUGGAACCAGGGAAAUUCUGAGUGAAGAAAAUGAAAUGCAGCCAAAUGGAAAAGUAUUCAAAAAGUUAAUUUUAGGAACUUACAGAUGGUUAUCCUAUGAAGAGGUAAACGAGAAAAUUACUUUCUUGGGGAAUGGACUGACUGCCCUGGGACUAACCCCAAAAAGCACCGUUGUCAUAUUUUGUGAGACCCGCGCUGAGUGGAUGAUUGUAGCUCUCACCUGCUUCAAGUACAACUUCCCUCUUGUCACUCUCUAUGCCACCCUGGGUGAAGAGGCAGUGACCUAUGGUCUCAACGAGUGUGGAGCAUCAUAUCUGGUCACAAGUGUGGAACUCCUUGAGAGCAAACUUAAGACAGCACUGCCACAAAUCUCCUGUCUGAAACAUAUCAUUUAUGUGGACAAGAAGACAGUCAAUAAAUCAGAAUACCCUGAAAACAUGGAGAUUCAUAGUAUGCAGGCAGUAAAAGAGCUGGGAGCCAAACCAGAAAACUCAAACAUUCUGCCCAGCAGACCUGUUCCUACAGACUUGGCUUUAGUAAUGUAUACCAGUGGCUCUACUGGGAGACCUAAAGGAGUGAUGAUGAUGCAUAAAAACUUAAUAGCUGGAAUGACAGGACAGUGUGAGAGAAUACCUGGACUGGGACCCAAGGACACUUACAUUGGUUAUUUGCCUCUGGCCCACGUGUUAGAACUGACAGCAGAAGUUUCCUGCAUCACUUACGGCUGCAGGAUUGGUUACUCCUCUCCUCUCACUCUCUCAGAUCAGUCAAGUAAAAUUAAGAAGGGAAGCAAAGGAGACUGUACUGUACUUAAGCCUACACUGAUGGCAGCUGUGCCCGAAAUAAUGGACAGAAUUUAUAAAAAUGUCAUGAAUAAAGUACAAGAGAUGAACUAUAUUCAGAGAACUCUGUUCAAGAUAGGCUAUGACUACAAAUUGGAACAGAUCAAGAGAGGAUAUGAUGCACCUCUCUGUAACGUACUACUGUUUAAAAAAGUAAAGGCCUUGCUAGGAGGGAAUGUCCGUAUGAUGCUUUCUGGAGGAGCACCACUUUCACCUCAAACACAAAGAUUCAUGAACAUCUGUUUCUGCUGUCCUGUUGGUCAAGGCUAUGGACUGACAGAAACGUGUGGAGCUGGAACCAUUACAGAAGUUGCUGAUUACAGCACUGGCAGAGUUGGAGCUCCUCUUAUUUGUUGUGAAAUAAAACUGAGAGACUGGCAAGAAGGGGGCUAUACCAAUAAAGACAAGCCUAAUCCUAGAGGAGAAAUUAUAAUUGGUGGACCCAACGUCUCCAUGGGAUAUUUUAAAAAUGAAGAGAAGACAACAGAAGAGUUUUCUGUUGAUGAGAAUGGCCAGAGAUGGUUCUGUACAGGAGAUAUUGGGGAAUUUCAUCCAGAUGGGUGUCUCCAGAUCAUAGAUCGUAAGAAGGACUUGGUAAAGCUACAAGCAGGAGAAUAUGUAUCUCUGGGCAAAGUAGAGGCAGCACUGAAGAACUGCCCAUUGAUUGACAAUAUCUGUGCUUAUGCCAAAAGUGACCAGUCCUAUGUGAUCAGUUUUGUGGUCCCUAACCAGAAGAAGCUGACAGCACUGGCUGAGCAGAAAGGCAUCAGUGGAAGCUGGGUGGACAUUUGUAACAAUCCUACAAUGGAAGCAGAAAUACUGCGAGAGAUUAAAGAAGUGGCAAACAAGAUGAAAUUAGAAAGAUUUGAAAUACCCAUCAAGGUCCGGUUAAGCCCUGAACCAUGGACCCCUGAGACUGGGUUGGUAACAGAUGCUUUCAAGCUGAAAAGGAAAGAACUGAAAAACCAUUACCUCAAUGACAUUGAAAGAAUGUAUGGAGGCAAAUAAACAGCUCUGCUGACCAGGCAGCUGUCGCAGCUGGUUCCUUCUCAUGCCUCAGUUUUGGAUGUCUUGUGUAUACUGUAGAUAACACACAUUCAAAAAAUACACCAGAUGGAUGACUGUUUCUAUAAUCUCUAUCAAGUGAAACAGAGAAUAUCUUAGACUCCAAAUUCUUAAUUAUUAGCAGAUUAGACACUGAUGGUCUUCAUAGAGUUUCAUGGGAUCAUCUCCAGUUUUGAGACAAACAUCAUUAUGUGAAGCAGUGUGACCAGGUAAUUUUAUUGUUUCUCUAGCAUAUUCAGACUGCUUACAACUUCUCUUUGACUUGUGCUGAAGUCUGGCCUGUAUUUCACAGAGAAAAAAAUAAUGUAAUUGCGAUGAUUCUUCUGUCAUAAUAAAACACUUUUAAUAAGAUACUUCCCUCUAGCAAUGAGGGAAAGGGAGUAUCUAAUGUCUACCUUUCUCCAUUUAAAAACAAAGCCAAGACAACAGCAGUAGCCAAGAACUUGCUAGAGAUCACUAAUAAUGUAGUGCUUGAGAAUGAAUUCUUCUCCAUAUCAGUAUCUUGAAUAUUUACAGUGCCUACAAAAGAAUAGAAAGUACACUUACUGAAAUAAAGGUGAACUGAAAAGCUUUCUAAAAACAAGUUAUAAGAAAUUUCACUCAAGAGGAUUGAAUUAUUUCAACUUCCAGCUCACCAAAUAGGUUUUUAAUUGUCAUUGCAUUUUAAUUCAAGAAGAGCUUUCCACUGGACACAGAGUAUAAAAGAGAACAAAGACUUGCACUGCUCUGGGUUGCUGGUGAGAAAUCAGUGCCUGAAUGCAGAACUUGAAUUUGGCAAACAGCUGUGAAACUGAUGGGCAGUGAUCUCUAAACAGACUUGAAACUCAAAGAGUUUUGGUGGGUUUUUUUGAGAGGUAGCUGAUGUUUUUAAGGCACUGAUUCUCUAGACCUUCACAUACACAUGAGUAUUGGUACAGGUUACUUGGACAUAACUUUGAGGAUCAGGUUUUAAGUAUCUGCAUUCCUUUAUGGAAGGUAUUUCUGUUCACCUUUCAACUAUGGUAAGCAUGACAAGGCAACCAGAAACCAACAAGAGUUUCCAUGUCUAGUCUUGUUUUACUUACAGAAAAGUAGUCUGUCGCCAGGGAAUCUUUGUUUCCUGGAAACUUGUAAAUAAGGACAAAUCACUCUUCACAGAAGUUCAUUAUAAAAAUGUUCUCUUAUUAACUGGAAGUCAUAACUGUGAAGAAGGAGGAAGAUAUAAUUUAAUAAUAGUUCAUCAUUUUGUGUGCCGAAUCCUGUACUGUGUCUUCUUUUGAAUUGUAGCUGAGCUCCUGCAACCCUGUCAGCUCUUCACACUUGAACCAUAAGUGCUGUAAAAAGUAGAGCCUCUUGAUACUGUUCUACUUUGCACUUUCUUAAUUGUUUUAUAUAUGUUGCUUACAUUUUGUACAGCUGUAGCCCUCAAUUGCUCUAUAUUGCAAAUUCAUUUGAAAGUAUUUAUAGAUUUCAAUUAAUAAUAUUUGUGUCAUGUAUAUAAUGAUUAAAAAACAUUAUUUGGUAUUAUCACUGUACAGAAAGUAAAAGAUUGUGUACAUUGCUUCUCUUUCUCUUCUACAUGAGCUAGCAAUUUCAGGACAAGUUUUUCCUUUUCUGCAUGUAUAUGCAUUUGUAUUUUCCAAAAUAGACUUUAGUAAAAAUAAAUGAUGGCUCUACACUCUUCAAGUAAACCAUCCCUUCUCCUGAGAACCAACUUCACCAUGUAUAAUUUUCUCUGGCUAGUCCAGAACAAUGCCAGCUCACCUUCCAAGAACCCUGAGGGGAAAGAGAGAAAGAAAAUCUGUCAUAUAAAGGCAACAGUAUCCAGUCAUGCAUGGAACUACAAGAGUCACUUAAAGAAACAAGGAAAUAGCUUUUCUAAUUUUUUUUUUUUUAAGAUACAGUUGUUUUUUUGACAACAGGAAAUACUUCCUGUAUCAGUAGCAACUUUUAAAAUUACUUGGUCCUGGAGCCAUGUUACCAGUUUUUCCAUGUUUUAAAACUGGUCUCUAUUAAAUAGCCUUUAGUCUGCCUAUUAGCAUCACAAAAGUGAAAUAGAUGUAAGAAAGAUACUUACACUCAAGUCUGUCAGCAGGUUAUAAGACUAUUUUUUUUAAUCCAUGAAUGUAUUUAUAUGAAAUGUAUUUUAUCUUCUGUGUCUUGAUUGACUGAGGAUUACUAUUUUCAAAAUAUAUGUACACACAUACAAUGUUAACAUUUCAAAAGUGGAAUGCAGCUUAAAUGGUUCAACAA